UAAAGAAAGAAAUAGUAAGAAAAAAUGGGAAGAAGAAGAAGCUCACCGUCUUCAUCGAUAGAAAGUAGCUGCAAAAGCAACCCAUUUGGUGUCUCUUCGAGUAAUACCCGGAACCUAAGCACUGACCUGAGGCUUGGACUCAGCUUCGGUUCAUCGUCAGGACAAUAUUUCAACGGUGGAGAAAAUCAUGAUGAAUAUGGAGUUGUUGCAGCUGAUCAUGAAAUGAUCAUGGAAGAAGAAGAUCAAAACGAGUGUAACAGUCUCGGAAACUUCUACGUGAAGGUGAACAUGGAAGGAGUUCCUAUUGGAAGAAAGAUCGAUCUAUUUUCUUUUGAUGGAUACCACGAUUUGAUCACAACUCUCGGUUACAUGUUCAACGCCUCAAUCCUAUGGGCUGAAGAAGAAGAGAUAUGUAGUGAGAAGACUCAUGUGCUAACGUAUGCAGACAAGGAUGGUGACUGGAUUAUGGUUGGAGAUGUUCCUUGGGAGAUGUUCUUGUCUAGCGUGAGAAGACUAAAGAUUUCAAGAGCUUAUCACCAUUGAUAUAAAACGAAAAGCAAAGAUGGAUUCUAGGAUUGACCAAUAUAGUGUGGGAAGAAAGUUUUUCAUGAUGUAAAUGUAGGAAGAAAGUUUUUUCAUGAUGUAAAUCACUUGUUUGUCGGAGAUUAAUUCAAAAUUUUGUUUCUAGUUUGUUACUUAGAUAUUAUUAUUAUUCGGUUGUAUUUUGUAAUGAAG